AUGGAUCGUUUCGUAAUAAGAUCAGCUAGCCAAAAGCCGUCUGGGAGUGCUUGUGUGCCAUCUGGGAGUGCUAGUUCACAAAAGCGUAAGAGACAUAACGAGACAGAGACUCCAAAACCAAAGAAAUUCUGUGAUAAGGAGUAUGACAAGACUGAACGUGUCCGGAAGUUUCAGCCCUCGUGGAAAAUAACAUACCCAUGGGUUGAGCAUGAACCUGACUCAGAUGAUACCAAACCUGGUGUUAUGUUCUGUGCCACAUGUAGGAUGUACCCCGAGAUUGCGGACAAAUCAUCAAACUUGUUCACUGGAUGUUCGAAUAUGAGAGUUGAUGGUCUUAAAAAACAUGAAAUAUCUGCCGCUCACACUAAAACAACAGAUAAAAAGAAGAAAGAUGUUAUGUCAGAUGUGGAAAGGACUCAACUUGUUAACAACAGUCAAAUUGUCAAAGCUGUCCAGAAAAGUGCGCAAAUCAACAUGAAUGUGUUAACAGUAAUGUUCAAUACUGUGUAUGCUCUGGCCAAAAAGGGAAAGCCGCUUAGUGACUAUGAGACACAUAUGGAGUUACAUGUCAAGAAUAGACGUGACAUUGGUGAAGAUUAUAUGGACAUAGGGAUGAACUAUCUUAAAGAAAAAUCUGCCAAACAGUUCUUGAUGAACAUAGCUGAGCAACAAUGUCUUGAAACAUCGAUAAACAUUGAGAACUGUAGGUUCCUGACAAUUCUUGCUGAUGGGUCAACAGAUUAUGCGAUGACAGAGCAGUACACAGUCUUAAUACGCUUUGUAAAAAAUGGCAGUCCUAUAACUAAACUUGCGUCAAUUGAAGCUGUUGAAAGUGCCAAUGCCAGCGGUGUAUUAGAGGGAAUAGAGAGUGGAAUUGCUAAAGUUGGUGUUGGUUUAGAGAAACAAUCAAAGAUAGUGAGUGUAAAUUUCGAUGGAGCCGCAGUUAUGAUGGGGUGUAGAUCUGGUGUGAGUACUAUGAUGAAAGACAAAAACAAACACAUUGUUCCAGUGCACUGUGUUGCACACAAGCUUGAAUUAGGAGUCCUGGAUGCUGUCAAGUGUGUAGAAUACCUAUCAAAGUUUGAGGAGACUGUGAAAGGCAUCUACCGUUUCUAUGCAAAAAGUCCCAAACGAAGAAGAGAGCUGGAAAGCAUUGCCAAGAUGCUUGAAACUGACUUGUUGAAGUAUGGUGACGUGAAAAGUGUGCGAUGGGUUGCCAGCAAGGGAAAAGCCCUCAAAGCCAUCGAAAACAACCUACCUGCUACCAUGGGACACCUUGAACAUGCAGCCUCUGUGAAUAAACUUGAAGAAGGGGGAAAAGCUAAGAAGCUUUUACAUGAAAUGAAAUCAGCCAGGUUUGUGAAGUACCUGUACUUCAUGAUGGAUUAUCUUGAGGCCAUCACAGCCACGUCUAUCAAAUUCCAGAAAAACGAAUUACUUAUAAUGGAUGUACCUGCAGCUGUGAAUGAUUUGACUGACGAGUUGGAACUUAUGAAGGAUGAACCUGGGGAAAAUGCAUCAAGAUUCUACCAACACUACAACCCUGAAACAAAUGAAUUAAAACAUGGUGGCCAUGAAUUGAAACUAUUAGGACAGAAACAAACCGCCUACUCAGAUGACACUGAUAAAGCCAAGCUACUGAUCAACUCAAUUAAGUAUCUAGAGGAUAGGUUCAGUGACUUUGAAAAAAAUCCCUUGAAAUGCUUCUCUGUGUUUGAUUUAAGAAACUGGCCCACUGAUGAGAAAGAAUUGUUAAAAUAUGGUAGAGAAGAAAUCAAAGACUUAUGUGAACAUUACUCUGAAAUUCUAAGUGAAGAUGAAAAAAAAUCAAUGCUUCGUGAAUGGACCACAUUAAAAAAUCAACUAAAAAAGAAAAAAUCUGGUGUCAACUGUCGUACCCUAUACUGUGAACACUUACAGACCCAGCCAGCUAGUAUCACUAAUAUCCUGGUCCUUGUCAACAUCAUGAUAACAGUGUCUCCAUCCACUGCUGAAUGUGAAAGACAAUUUUCUGCAAUGAAGCUCAUCAAGUCAGCCAGACGGUCACACAUGAACCAAGACACCCUUGAGGCUCUGAUGAGAGUUCAUGCCGAUGGUCCCCCUGCAGCCCUGUUUGAUCCCCAGCCUGCCAUCGACCACUGGAUGUCCAGUGGACCUGGUACCCGUCACCUUGGUGGCCACAAGAUACCACAGAAACCCAGUGUUGUUCUAUCUGACAAUGAAGAUGAUGACCUUGAUGAUUCCCGUGACCAGUAAUGCUAUACCUGAAGAGUGAGCUACCAAGAUUUUAAUAUGAACUGCACAUGCAGUACAUAAAGACAAUGCUUUGAACAUACUGUGCACAUUGUGAACAUUUAGCUAGUGAUAGAGUGUACAAGUAGAUCCCCAUAUUGACAGUGACUUGCAAGUUAAAUACAUACCAUUAUAUGAACAUUUAACUAGUGAUUAUAGAAUGUACAAGUACUAAAGUUGGUCUCAAUAUUGACAGUGACUUGCAAGUUAAAUGCUUAUUAAUACAUACCAUUUAAUGAUUAUGUGAACAUUUAACUAGAGAUUAUAGAAUGUACAAGUACUCAAGUUGAUCUCAGUAUUGACAGUGACUUGCAAUUUAAAUACAUGUUUUGUACUUAAUAAUACAUACCAUUUUGUGAACAUUUAACUAGUGAUUAUAGAAUGUACAAGUAUUUAGGUUAAUCUCCAUACUGACAGUGACUUACAAGUUAAAUGCUUAUUAAUACAUACCAUUUAAUGAUUAUGUGAACAUUUAACUAGUGAUUAUAGAAUGUACAAGUACUCAAGUUGAUCUCAGUAUUGACAGUAAUUUACAGGUUGACUUAUAUGCUAAAUAAUACAUACAAUCUUUCUUUUAUCUGAUGUUGUUAAUAUUUUAAGACUUUUAAGUUGUAAACUUAGAGAUAUUUGUGUGAAAAUGUUUCUUUAAUUAGAUGUUGUAUUAACUUCAGCUUGUACUUCUAUAUUAUGAUUAAACAGAAUGAAAUGUU